GAUGAUUUGAUGAGUAAACUGAUUGAAGGCGAUGAUUACGAUCCAACUGAAUGGAAAGAGUUUAGUACGUUCAAAACAAUACAAUUUGUAUAUGUUUGGGGACAGGACAUGUGUAAAAACAUAACAAAAACCAAAGCAGCAAAAGAGCUUUUAGAAACGGUCAAGAAUGUUGAAUUUGAUGUUAUAAUACAAGACGUUACAUUAAAUCAAUGUCUAUACGGAUUAUGGGAGGUCGCCAAAGGCAAGCCGCCCGUAGUGGGUUUCAUUCCAUUUGGUUUUGCACCAUGGUUCAAAGAUUUUGUUGGCGGUUCCAACUAUCCUACAAUUCGACCUUAUUGUCAUUUAGGCAUCGCGGGACCAGAAGGUUUUUGGCAAAGAACAUGGAAUGCUAUUAAUUAUAUAAUUGAUGAUUUAUUUCGAAAUUAUUAUUAUUUACCCAAAGCUCAACAACUUGCUGAACGUUACGUUGGUCACGAAAUAAGACCGUUAUACGAAAUAGAAAAAGAUAUUAGUAUUUUAUUAAUUAAUAGUCAUCCUGCGUUCGAAUCUGCAAUUCCUUUGCCACCAAAUGCGAUAGAAGUUGGAGGAAUGCACGCACAAACCUCUCAGGCAGCUAGCGAUGAGAAGAUACGUAAUUUUCUCGAUGGAGCAAAAAAUGGAGCUGUUGUAAUAUCAUUAGGAACCAAUGUGGCAUGGAAAUCUGUUGGAUUGGAUAAAGUCGAGGCCGUUAUAGUUGCUCUAUCAAAGUUGAAACAACGUGUGCUUUGGAAACUAAAAGUUAAAUUGUCCCUUAAAAUGCCGGAUAACGUGAUGACUAUGAAGUGGAUUCCUCAAGGAGAUGUUUUGAUUUCUUUGUUAUUACGUACUUCAUAA